AUGGGUUGCGUCACAUCGGCCGCGGAACAGCUUCCGUUCUCUAGCUCGUCUCACGGUCUUCGCACUCCCAAGUGGGGCGGCAAUUCUGCAUAUAUAACAAACCGCCGACCCCUCAGCAAACAUAUCGUUUUCGUUUGCCUCUUGGCCCUAGCAAUGGCCGUAAAUGCCGGCUAUAUUGGCGGCGGCGGCGGCGGCGGCGGGGGAUGGUCCAGAGGGGGUGGUGGAGGUGGAUGGUCCAGCGGAGGCGGAUGGUCUAGCGGGGGUGGCGGCGGCUACGGGGGUGGCGGCGGUUUCGGCGGUGGCGGCGGCCACGGAGGCGGCAGUGGCGGCGGUGGACAGGUGAAAAUUAUCAAAAUCAUCACAUCCGGCGGCGGCGGCGGCGGCGGCGGUUACGGAGGUGGUAGCGGCGGUGGGUGGAAGAUCGGUGGUGGCAGCAGCGGAUGGUCCAGUGGAGGAGGUGGUGGUGGAUGGAAGUCCGGCGGUGGUGGUGGCGGAUGGAAGUCCGGCGGAGGCGGUGGUGGCGGAUGGCAGUCCGGCGGCGGCGGUGGUAGCGGAUGGAAGUCAGGCGGCGGCGGUGGUGGCGGCUGGUCGAGCGGCGGCGGUGGUGGCGGCUGGCCCAGCGGCGGCUCAUCCGGCUGGUGG